CUUAGCUAAUUCAUCAUCAUCAACCCUCACCACUUUAAUCAUCUUUUGUCUUCCUCCUUGAGCAUAAAAUGGGGGUUUCUCGUUCAUUUUCUUGUAGUGCUAUGGGAGCCCUAAUAUUGGGUUGCCUUCUCCUUCAAGCAUCAAACUCUAAUGCUCAGCUGAGGCCUGAUUUCUAUUUCAGGACAUGCCCGGGUGUUUUCCUUAUCGUUGGGAAAGUCAUCGUCGAAGAAUUGGGGAGUGAUCCUCGUAUUGCUGCUAGCCUCCUUCGCCUUCAUUUCCAUGACUGUUUUGUUAACGGUUGUGAUGCAUCGGUCCUACUCGAUAAUUCCACGUCAUUCAGGACCGAGAAAGAUGCUCUUCCGAACUUAAACUCGGCAAGAGGGUUUGGUGUUGUAGAUAAAAUGAAAGCGGAGAUUGAGAGAGCUUGUCCAAGAACAGUGUCUUGUGCAGAUGUUCUCGCCAUCGCCGCUCAAAUAUCAGUGCUUUUGUCGGGAGGUCCAUGGUGGCCGGUAUCAUUGGGGAGAAGAGACGGCUCACAAGCUUUCUUCGAUCUAUCUAAUACAGCUCUUCCUUCUCCAUUUGCCACCCUUGCUGAACUUAAAACAGUUUUUAGUGACGCUGGUCUAAACCGCACCUCAGAUCUAGUUGCUCUUUCUGGUGCUCAUACAUUUGGAAGAGCACAAUGUAUAGUAAUCACACCUCGUCUCUACAACUUCAACGGUACCAAUAAACCAGACCCGAGUAUAAACCCAACUUUCCUCACCCAACUCCGUAAUCUGUGCCCUGAAAACGGGAACCCGACAGUUCUAGCCAACUUUGACCUGGCGACUCCAAAUACUUUCGAUAGUCAUUACUACACCAAUCUUCGUCAAGGGAAAGGUGUAAUUCAGAGCGAUCAAGAACUCUUCUCGACUCCAGGAGCCGACACAAUUCCACUGGUGGAACUAUACAGCAAAAACACGUUCGAGUUCUUUAAAGCAUUUGCUAAAUCAAUGGUUCGGAUGGGAAAACUUAAACCUUUGACUGGAACUCAAGGUGAGGUAAGACUUAAUUGUAGGGUUGUGAACUCCAGAACUAGGGAUGUGGCGAAUGAGGAUGAUGGAAUCGUGAGCUCGAUUUGAUUAUGUCAAGGAUAUGGAUAGGUAAGAAAGUAUACAAUGUGUGGGGAACUAUAUAAGUAUUUGGACUAAAUAAAUAUUUCUAAGGAGUGUUGUAUUAAAUAAUAAUGAAAGUUGGUCUUGUUUUAACA